CCCCUUCUUCCGCGCGAACCUCGCGUCGUUGAACCCCCGCAAACCCCGCCAGCGCCUCCCCUGCCAUGGGCGUGUGGGGCACGCCUGCGCCGGGCGCGGCGGGUGUGAAGAGACCCGGCCAAUGAGCCUGGCGCGACGCUUUCAGCUGGCGAGGAGGGUCUGCCUCACAUGCCGAGAGGCCAAAGAAGAGACCCUUCCCAGCAACAGCCGCAUGCGUUGGGUGGCGCUGGGCAUUUUGAGUCUGGACAUUUGCAUCAGCUACGUGCCGCAGUACACCUUCGUACCCAUCCUGCGGCAAGGGAUGCACGCUCUGCAUGUGGAUGAGGCUGCGAUGAACUUCCUGUGCAUCCUCUACGCACUGGUCUAUGUGCCCGGCGCCUUCGUCACGGGACCGCUGGUGUCGGUGCUGGGGUGUCGCUGGACCUUUGUGCUGGCCACGCUGCUCAUCGCACUAGGCUGUGCCUUGCGAAGUGCUUCUUGGAUCAGUCCGGUGGACUCCCAUGGGUCGAGACGGCUGCUGGAGAUGAUGCCGGUGCCGAGCUGGAUGGGCAACUCCGCCUUUGCGUAUUUGCUCAUCGGGCAGGGCAUUUGUGCCCUAGGCCAGCCGCUGCUGGUGAACUGCACCUCGGAGAUGGGCGCCGACUGGUUCGCGCCCAGCGACCGCCCGGCGGCGGCCAUGAUCUCCAACUUGAUGAACUUCGUCGGGGGUUCCCUGUCCUUCGUCCUGCCACCACUCUUCGUGGACGACAACCCCAGCAACUUCGUGGAGAUGAACGCACAAAUUUCAUCUUUGCUGAACUUCCAGUUUCACUCGGCGAUGGUGGCCUUCGUGCUCACCCUUUGCCUGUACCGAGACACCGGGCCCUUUGCGAAGACCGCAGAGCACCGGCCGCCAAUGAACUUCGCUGCGGAGGUCAAAGGAAUCUUCCGGAAAGCGGACUUUUGGAUCAUCAAUUUCCAGUUUAUGAUUUACAUCUCCAUCGGCCAUGCUUUUGAUGCAGUGGAGGGCUCCCUGCUGGAGAACUAUGGCUACAACGCCUCCUUGACGAGCUGGACGGCCAUGGCCUGCGCGGUGACGUCCAUUUUGAGCACCUCGGGCCGAGCCGCCGGUGGGUCCUACGGUGGGUCUGGCCGCGGUCCCUUUGCUCCACCAAUUCGGUGCACCGUGAUCUACAUCCCGAUGAUCUUAGGCACCAUGGUGGAGGCGCGGUGUAUCACUUCCGCAGCCUAUUACCAGGCGGCUCUCUUGAUCUCCAAUGCCUUCAUGGCGAUUUCCCUCCUCAUGGGCUAUAUGUGUUUGCACUAUGGCUGGUCUCCGGGCAUGUUCAUCACGGCCGUGGGCAUCAUGGGCUUAUCCACCCCAGGAUGGGGCUGUUCCGCCGAGCUGGGCUCGGAGGUCUGCUUCCCCGCACGGGAAGCCACGGUGAACAGCUUGCUGGAGGCCUUCAGCAACAUGGCCGGCGUGGCAUCCAUCGUCUGGGCACAGGAUGGGAUCGAUGCUCACUUGGGCGCGGCCGUCUUGGCCGUGAUGGCCGGCUCGGCGGUCUUGGGCAUGGCCGUGCUGGGAUGCCUUUCAGGGCGCUUGAGCCGCAUGGAGACGGAGAAGAGCCCACGGGCAGAGGAGGGCCUCGAAGAGGGCUACGAGUCCUCGCAGGAGCUCACCGCCGUGCGGCCCUCGCCACCCGCCUUCCGGUAUCGCACCAAGAUGGCCUUUCUCCUCUGGGCCAUUCUGCUGAACUUCGUGAGCGUCUUGAUGACCGCCACGACCGCGCAGUUCCUGAUGCCGCAGAUCCUCUCGGAGCCGCCGCAUCUGAUCCCCAAGAAGCACAAGAAGAAGGCGGUGAGGUUGAAGAACGGCUUGAAGGAACCCAGGACGUGGUUGCUGGACUGCACCGAAAAGCAUCAAGGCUCACACCGCGAGAAGAUCAUGAGUGUUUUGACCAACAGCAGUGUGGCCUUCUUCCCCUGCUUGAAGGGCCGGUCCAACCUGGCGGCCUCGAUCGACGAUGGGCUCCUGCCGUCCUCGGCGCGAAUGGCCUUCAGCAGUUCACCUACGAUUCGCCUAGAGUUGGCGAAGGCGGCAACCCAUAUGAAGCUGUGGAAGAACAUGGUGCUUCAGAACAUCCCCAGCGCAAGCAUUUUGGAGGACUCGGAGAGCUUGUGUUCCAAUUUCCGGCGCAGGCGCAAUGAGCUGCUGGAGCGGCUCCCUUUGAAGACGGACUUCGUGGCCUUCAACCCGGUGAGGGAAGUGGGACAGCUGGACAGCAAGCUGAAUGCCAAGAAGAAGCCUGAGAAGUCUAAGCCCAACGUGCCGGUCUACCGGCUGAAGCCCAACAAGGGGCUCCCCGAGGCCUUGAACAACUACUACAUCACCUUGCGCUACGCGAAGAAGCUCCUUCGCAUCGGCUCCGGCUUCGACGGGAGCCAAAGCUUCAGCGAGUUCGUUUUCAACAACCUCUACCGCAGCCCGCAAGUGCGUGGCUUCCAUGGCUAUGCCUUGCCACCUGGCCUUGUGGGCAACCAGAGUGGGACCCUGGCGAGCUGCCUCUAGGAGAUCGCUGAGCUGUAGCAAAAA